ACAGAGAGAGAGAGAGAAAGGGAGAGAGAGAGAGAGAGAGAGAGAGAGAGAGAGAGAGAGAGAGAGAGAGAGAGAGAGGUAAUAAAUAGGCCAGUGGUGGAGUGAAAUACACAAAAACAGCAUCAGUGAGUGUUGUGAUUAAAGCAGCUUAAAGAUGAAAGUCAUUAACCUGAACUCGCUGUUUCUGUUCCCUGGCCGUGUCUCAGGGUCCAGAUCCGUCUCUGGCGUAUCGUCCCGAGCUGCUGCCCGACACCGGGACAGAGAAAUCCGCCUUCAGAAACUUCCAGAGCGGAGAGCUUUUUGAACGUGUGUUUAACACGUACAGACUGAUGCACACACACCAGACGCUAGACUUCGUCAGACAGAAGCAUGCAGAGUGGGCGGGUUGCACUCACGCUCGUAUGACUGUGAUGGAGAGCAUCGAGUGUUUGGACCAGUUGGUGGAUGAAUCUGACCCUGAUGUCGACUUCGCAAACUCCUACCACGCCUUCCAAACCGCCGAGGGGAUCCGCAAGGAACAUCCUGAUAAAGACUGGUUCCAGUUGGUUGGUCUCAUUCAUGACAUCGGCAAAAUCAUGGCCUUAUGGGGAGAACCUCAGUGGGCUGUAGUGGGAGACACGUAUCCUGUAGGCUGCCGCUUUCAGAACUCCAUCGUUUUCAGAGACUCGACGUUUGGGGAGAAUCCAGACAACAAGAACGACACACUGAACACAGAAUGUGGGAUUUAUGAAGCUCACUGUGGACUGGACAACGUUCUGAUGUCCUGGGGACACGACGAAUAUUUGUACCGGGUGAUGAAGUUUAACAAGUGUCCGAUUCCUGAAGAGGGUCUGUACAUUAUCCGCUUCCACUCGUUCUACCCCUGGCACACACACGGAAACUACACACACCUGUGUAACGACAAAGAUCUCCGUAUGAUGUCCUGGGUCAAAGAGUUCAAUAAGUUUGAUUUGUACACCAAGAGCACGGACCUGCCUGACGUGGAGCAGCUGAAGCCGUAUUACCAAUCACUCAUCGAUAAGUACUGCCCGGGAGUCCUGCGCUGGUGACCUCGCCGAGCAGCCGUGCGAGAUGAUCUUACACAGGAUGAGCUUAAAGCAGCAGUGUGUAACUUUCACAGCUGGCUGAGAGAGGAACUGCACUUACAAUGAAAACAAUCAAAACUUGCAAUUACAUACACCUUAUGAGAUUCCUUUAAAAAGAUAGAUAGAUAGAUAAAUAAAUAAAUAAAUAAAUAAAUAAUAAAGGAAUGUAGGGGGUUGAGUAGGUGUUCCUGGGUUGGGCGCGGGGCUGAUUUCAGGGCCAGAAAAAUGUCAAUUCAAGUGUGAAACAAAUGAAGAAAAUCAGAUGUUUGGUAAUAUCCCAAAUCACAGCUUUCAAAGGCGUUAUUACGAUACGAGUAUCAUGGGUUUAAAGAAUUGAACAUUUUACAAACUGCAGCUUUAAAGAAUCAGAUUUGCAUAAAAAUCUUGGAACAAACUGCACUGUAGCACAAAUCAACAAAUUUACUGCUCAUACUGUAAGAUUUAUGACCGUAUAGUCCUCCAUAAUCCUGAUUAUGAAUUCUAUAUAAUACAUUAAAGCAUAUAUUAUAAAUAAAAGCAAUCAUUUCUACUUC